GAGAAAUAGUUAUUUAGAAUGCCACUGUUACAAUAGCAGGGAUGAGCAAUAUUUUCUCUCGUUGUCGUCAUAAGCAGCAGCUCGCGCACCCCUGGAGCGGUUGGAGUGGAUCUGUCCCUUUCAGAAGAGCAACACGGCAUGCAGCUAGCAGUGUCUUCCUCCUCCUCAGACAAAGAAAUCAUUCUUUCUUUGUCGUUUUCUUUCGUGCGCAUUAAGAAAUCAGCUGUAUAAGGAGAAGGUUUGAUGAUUUGGAGACGGUGCUGCGGGAAGGAAACCCCUCACCGCGUCUCACACUAUUCGAACAGACAUCGAUUCGUCUGGAGGGCGUCAAGCGAAAGGUCUGGGAGCUGCUCUGUCAAUCCCAAAUCUCAACUUGUUACAAUCACUCGGUUUUUACUGCAAUCGAAGCGAGGAGCGUUUCACGCAGUGAGUUGAUCGAUCGCUUAAACACUCGGGACAAUGACGCGUGUUAUAUCGUCGGAUGGCAUUUUAAAGGGCUCAACCAUUCGUUCAAUGUGUCAAACAUCCAGGCAGUGUUUUUUGUUCUAAACCCGUUGAAAUGCUCAGCUCUUUAAUGAGUUUUUACAACUCUCAGCUCUGAAUGCGUUCAGGCUUGAAUUGUCUCACAAAAGCCCGCAUGAUUUCUGGAAAGGAUUUUGAUCAUUGCAAUCGUCAGUCUUACGUCGAGCUCCAAGACAUGACUGCACCUACCCUGAAUGAUUUCCAUGUAUUUAAUGCAGAGAAUAGCGCCAUACGGAUAAAUGUAGGAGGCUUGAAGAGGAGACUGCUCUCUAGCAUACUGUCUCGGUUCCCUGAGACGCGACUUGCCCGUCUGCUGCGAUGUGAGUCGAAAGAAUCCAUCCUGGAACUGUGUGAUGAUUACGAUGAUGCUGAGAGGGAGUUCUACUUUGAUCGAAACCCUGCACUUUUCCCUUAUGUUUUAAAUUUCUAUAACACGGGCCGCUUACAUGUUAUGGAAGAGCUCUGCAUCUUUUCAUUUACUCAAGAAAUCGAAUAUUGGGGGAUCAACGACUUUUUCAUUGACUCCUGUUGCAGCAGCACCUACCACUGCAGAAAAAUGGAGCCCUACCAGGAGGAGUGGGAGGACAAAAGUGACGAGGGCAGCACUACAUCUUCUUUUGACGAGAUUCUAGUAUUCUAUAGUGAUGCCACCAAGUUUGACAAGCAGCCAUUUGGGAGAAUGAGGAGGAAAAUUUGGCUGAUGUUGGAUAAUCCUGGAUACUCACUAUCCAGCCGGGUAAUUAGUAUCUUCUCUAUCCUGGUUGUGCUGGGCUCCAUAGCCACAAUGUGCAUGAACAGCAUGAGUGAUUUUGCCAUAGUGGACAGUGAAGGGCUGCUUCAGGAAGACCCCCGCUUUGAGACAGUGGAACAUUUUGGAAUAGGCUGGUUCACAUUCGAACUGGUUGUCCGGUUCGUUGUUGCACCAGACCUACUUCGUUUCUUUGAGCACCCAUUAAAUAUUAUAGACUUGGUGUCCAUUCUACCAUUUUAUCUCACUCUACUGAUUAAUCUGGUGGCUGAGAGGCGCCCCACACUGGAGAACCUGGGGCGUGUAGCACAAGUCCUGAGAUUGAUGCGGAUCUUCAGAAUCCUGAAAUUGGCGCGUCACUCUACAGGCCUGAGAUCACUUGGAGCAACACUGAAAAACAGCUACAGGGAAGUGGGUUUGCUACUGCUCUAUUUAGCAGUGGGGGUAUCAUUUUUUUCUGUGAUGGCCUAUACCAUUGAGAAGGAGGAAAAUGAUGGACUGACUACUAUCCCAGCCUGCUGGUGGUGGGCAACAGUCAGCAUGACUACAGUGGGCUAUGGAGAUGUAGUCCCAGGGUCUAUUGCAGGAAAACUGACUGCCUCUGCUUGCAUUCUUGCCGGCAUUUUGGUAGUUGUGCUGCCCAUCACACUCAUUUUCAACAAAUUCUCUUUGUUUUAUAAGAGGCAGAAACAGUUGGAGAUCGCCAUGAGGAGCUGUGACUUCAAUGGGGACAUUAAGGAAGUACCUUCAGUAAACUUGAGAAACUAUUAUGCACAUAAAGUGAAGUCUUUAAUGGCCAGCCUGUCCAACAUGAGUCGCAGUUUUCCUAGUGACCACAGCUUGAAUAGCUCACUGCAAUAGCUCACAGAGAUUGAUAGCACUCUCAUACAGUGGGUAUGGUGCAAUCAGAAUACACAUUCAAAUAAGGUGCAUCUUGUAGUUAAGUUCUAUCCUACCAGCAAAGCCCACUAACCUGCUGUUGACUGUAUUUCGUGAGUUUAAAUGUGUGUAGUGAUCCUCUGCCUUAUAAUAAUUACGUACAAUGUGUUGAAAAAUAUCCCCCAACCAAUCAAUAACAUCUCAUUAAAACAGACAGUGUAUCCACUUGCUAAAUGACAUUAUCCCCAUUCAGGUUUCAGGAUGUGAUUUAUAGAAAAAAAUUGUGUGUGUAUGUCUGUUGGAGUUCUGUACUUGAACGCUGUUACAGCAACACAUCAAAGCUUAAUGAGUGUUGCCUGUUCCUGUCAACACCUCAUAUUUUACUGUUGAUUAUAUGUUGUAAAACAUGGUGGAAUAUAAUCCUAUUACAAGUGUUUGUUAUGAAGAUUUACAGUGGAAGUGCAGUUGUUGUAGGACUAAGUAUAAAAUGUUAUUACAAUCAUUCAUUGCUUUUUUAUGACCUGGAAAUAGGCUAAGUUAUAGGUUAAAUUUAUUAUUUAACUGAUUGACUUAAAUAUUUGACUCCAAUAUAGAAUUAAAGAUCAGACUCCAAUUUAUAAUCAUUGUUAACUAAAUUAUCUGACCAAAUUUAAUUAACUAGAGUAACUUAAUGUAACCGAUUCUAAACAAUAUCUUAUUAGUUAGUUCUGGAAUUAUCCUAACAUUAAAUUAUACAUUUAAUUUAAAGUAUUUACUGGAAAUUGACAUUACAGAUCACAGAUGUAUAUACAUUUAUGAAAUAUUUGUUCUGUUAGCUCAGAGUUUUGUACUCACAGGCAAGUCUUACAAUUCAUGUUGUCAGUGCUCUGUAAUAAUUGUGUAAAAUACCAGUAAUCUCAUUAACAUUUUUCAGUCAUCUCUGAAUAUGCAUGUAAAAUGUAAAUACCUUUCAACAAGAACUCACUUAAAACUAGAUCGAAACCAGACUAGAAGAGUUUUCUCUUCCCCAAAAUCUUUCUUCCCCCACGAUUAAUCUCAUAAUCUGUUUAGAAUUCAUAAACCAGAGUGGCAAAUGUGACCAAUAUAAUGCAUUUUAUGACAGGAUAGACACCCAGCCUAUUAAACUCAUUCCAAGUUCAAUGCUAAUUUAAAUUCUGAAAUUAAAAACCAUAUACUGUGAAUGUUAUUUUGUAAACUUGUCUGAUACUUUUGCUGUGACAAAGUUGUUUACCACAAAAUAUGAAUUGAAUGAAAAAUGCAGCCUGAGGAAUAUUUUGGUUAAACACAACCAGGUAACCAGGUUUUUUCCAUGUGGUCUUUCACUCUUACAUUCCUGACUCUGACCAGCCCAAAAUCAACAUUGCUUCAUUUUAAACAUAAAACAAUAAAUGAUGUCAUUUGUC